GUUUUCACUUGUUACUAUUUUUAGGACGUUCCUACGGUAACUUUUCAUUGUUUGACUGUUUAACGAUUCAAGACUGAAUAAAAUUAUAAGCAUUACUAGUUAAAAUGGAAGUUACAGACGAACUAAGUAAAGAAAAUAGUGAACCUGCUGUAAAAGUAAAUGAUUUGGAACAAAAAGUUAUACCACCUCAGGAUCCUCCAAAAAAAUCUAAAAAAGGCGACCGCCCUAACCAGGAUGAUAAAAAUAUGGAGCAACUUAUGAAAUCUUUGAAUUCCAUCCCUACAAUUGAAGAAAAAUUGACCUUUGUUUGCAAAAAAUAUAUUCAAGGAGCAGAUGAAAAUAGAAAGAUGCAGUUCUAUAUUAAACAGUCAGAUAAGCGGUAUGCCUUGCUGGUUAAGGAGAAGGAUCAGCUGCAACAUGAAUAUAACAAGACAAUUUUAGUUAAAUCAAAACUAGAAAACCUUUGCAGAGAGUUACAAAAACAUAAUAAAGCUAUUAAAGAGGAGUCACUUCUUAAGAUUCGUGAAGAAGAAGAACGCCGCAAAGAGACUCAGGCAAAGUUUCAAAACACAUUAACAGAGAUAACAGAGUUAUUGCAACAGAAUUAUGAGAAAAAUGCCAAACUUAGAGAGGACAAUAUUACUAUGACUGAGAAAUUUAAAAAUGUCCUGCAGCAAUAUCAAUUAAGAGAACAACAGAUAAGUAAAAUGGCAAAACAGAUGGCAUUAGAAUCUCAAUUAUCUGAUGCAAAGCUUCAAAAGUCUGCACUAGAACACCAAGCAGAGAAGGAGCGCUUACUUGCUGAAGCAGAACAUAUGAAAGUAACAUUAGCCCAGUAUAAAGCCAAGAUAAUGGAGCUCCAGGGAACUGAAACUGCGUUAAAGGGUCAAUUAGGAGUGUACACAGAUAAAUAUGACGAGUUCCAAAAUGCACUUGUUAAAAGUAAUCAAGUGUUUGGUGGUUUUAAGGAGCAGAUGGAAAAGAUGUCCAAAAAGAUUCAAAAAUUGGAGAAGGAGUCUCUAUCAUGGAAGAAACGCUGGGAGACAUCACAGACAGCUCUCUUGGAUAUGUGUGGUGAACGACAAGCCAGCGAAGAAAAAGCAGUAGCAGCCAACAGACAUUUGCUUCAUAUGCAAGGAUUAUGUAGAACUCUGCAGGCGGAACGCACAGUGUUGUUGACUACGCUAAAGGAGAAUAACAUUGAACGGCCACCCCUGCCUACACCCGCGCCAGCACCGCCUGUACCGCCGCCAGCGCAAACUGCAAGUGAUGCAAAGGUUGAUGCCAUGGCAGCUAACUGUGCCCAUUUAAGACAAAGUCUCGCGCACCUGCAAACCCAACUUAACACAUUAACAAACAAAGAAGAAAAGGAAGAAUCACCCAAACCGGAAACCAAAAAGAAAUCAAAGUCGAAAAAGAAAGCUCAAAAGGCAGCUGAAAUUACAGAAGCAGCAACAAAUGAACAGAAAACAGAAGAAAACAAUGAAAAUGUAAAGAAUAAAGAAACAAUAGCAUUAGGCAAUGGAACACCAGAAAAUGUAGAAUCAGUAGACGAAACAAAAGCUGAAGAAAAUGAUGAAAUCCAAAAUAUUGAAACAAGAGAAAGCCCUGAUGAAAAAAUUGAUAGUAAAACAAUGGAAAAUCUUAUACAAGCUAUUAAUAGUGCAAAUAUUAAUUUGUGUGACUUAGAAGUUGUCAGUGAUGAAAUCAAAGGAGAAACACAAAAUCCGGAAUUAAGUAAUGAUAUUCAUGAAAGUACCAAUGGCGAUGAUAAUGAAAUUUGUGAAAAAUCGUGUGAAUUACCUCAAGAGCCGAAAACUAGUAGUAAUAUCGAUCUGAAAACCGAAAAUUUAAUCCAAAACCAAUAAGCGUCCUUUGUACUAUUUGAUUACAAGAUUUUUGUAUAAAUGUUCCAAUAUCGUGUCAUCGACCUAGUCAAAAAGGUUGAGGUUUCGCGGGAUUUUUUUAUUAUAUAGAAUUAUAGUUUUUUAUAAACCGUCUUUCAAUACACAAAGAUCUAAAAAAACAGAGUUUGGUUAUACAGUUACAUUUGAGUUACCAUAUUAUUUGAAUUGUUUACUGACUGAAACAGUAUUACAUAAAUUUACUUUUAUCUUAGGUGAGACAAAGCUUCUCACCACCGAAGUAUUAUAUUUUUAUAUACAAAAUACCUUUGCUAAUAAUGAAAUUAAAAAGACGCAAUAGUUCAUAGUCCAAACUCCAAACGCGACAGUCUUUUAUAUUUUUAAUUUUCUAUACAUCAAAUUGGUUGGUUGCUCUUUGUUCUAUGUAUUAAAAAAGUUGUAUUUUGCUUGGUUUCAAUAUUUUUGUGUAACUUUCAUGUUAAAUUUGUAAAUAUAAUCAUUUGUUAAAGUCGUAAAACUCCUGGCUAUGUGAGUCAAGUUUGUGUUGAUAAAUAUAGUGUUUUGCAUGUGGA